CUGCAAAUUAUCUUGCAAGCACUUUUUAGGUUAAUGCUGCCCUUAGUCACCCAAAUCAACAGACUUUUCGUUGAUUUGAUAGCAAAAAGUUUUGUUUAGAAGUUGAUUUGGACGGCUGACGGUCAUACGUCAUGCAGGUUGCAACCCUUUUGGCUUCCUUUCUCCAGUCCCGCUAACAUGAUAGAGUUCUGCUCCGAGAGACGUAUGUUCAUAGCCAUUGGCUUACUAGGAGGAGUGACUUUAUUAGUUCUGAUAUUGGAAGGACGGUGGACGUGGUCUGCCACUGCGGCCAGAGGUACCGUUGCCCCCUCUGCCUCAUCAGUCUCGUCAGCCUCGUCACCUCAAGCGACCAACACUUCCUGCUGGCUGCAUGAAGAAUAUGAAGUUGUGGAAGAAUGUCAUCCAUGUACAGAUUUUGAAGUUGCAAGUAAAAGCAUUAAGGAGUGCAUUCCAACUAAGUUCAAGGAAGUAGUUAAGUGCAGGAUAUCUGGACGUGCUGUUAGAAGCUGUCAAAAAGUGGUUUGGCUUGAGGAGCGAAAAUUCUGGCUGUUUGAGGUUUUUACACUGUGUGGAGCUCUUAUAUCUUCCUUGGCUGUAUUCAUUCGUCAGAGGCAGCUAGAUAGACGAAUGAUGAAACGGUUACAAGCUCAACUUUCUACUACUUGUGCUUGAUUCAGAAUAAUUAAUUUACUACAAUGGGUACUUUGUAUC